CUUAUGCUUGCACAGUUUGGGUGUCCCAUGUGACUUGGUACACUUCCUCCAAACGACACUUUCUCUCUCUGUCUUUGCUGAAAAAGGUUUUGAGCAGUUUUUUUGGAUUACAACCGAGAACCAGUAUCACAGCGAUGCAGAAGCAGCCAGCAAUGGUGCUUCCUGGAGCCGUUCAGCUGAGGAUCAAGAACUCUCAAAGCAGCACUGGAGAGAGACUCAGCCAGACAAAGUCUAUGGUCCUACCAGAACCUGACACACUACAGAAACCUAUCAGCCGUCACCGGAGGAACCAGUCUCAGCAUAACGUUGAUGGUUCUGUUGGGCCGCAGACUAUUUUAAAAGGAGAAUAUUUGAACAAAGCCAAAAUUGCUGAAGGAGGAAAGAAAUUACGGAAAAACUGGACCUCAACCUGGGUUGUUCUUUGCUCCAAUCAACUAUUGUUCUAUAAAGAGAGCAAACAAGAAGUGGUGGCAAAUUUGAAACCAGGUGGUAAACCAGAUGGUGUGGAUCUGUGUGGGGCUGUAAUCGAGUGGACAACAGAGAAAUCCAGCCGAAAAAACGUGAUUCAGAUAACCACCUCGAAUGGGCAUGAGUUUUUGCUGCAGGCAGAUCACUUUCCAACCAUCUCUAAAUGGCAUGAUGCCAUCAAGAAAGCAGCGGAUAGUCUGUCGAGUGGAGCUGGAGGCCAGAGCUGUGGUAGAGCGGCCCUACACCGGUCCAACAGCAUAGAAUGCUUGUCCAGACCAACCUGUGAACCCACCAAACCUAAACCGAAAGAGACCAAAUCUGAACACAGACGCUCCAUCAUGUUCAAGCUGAAUUACAGCGCCUCAGACAGCGCCGACAAGAAUGGAGUUAAGAACAGACUGAAGAAGUUCAUCUCCAGACGGCCCUCCAUGAAAACGCUACAGGAGAAAGGCCUUAUUAAAGACCGAGUGUUCGGAUGUCACAUGCUGACCCUGUGCGAGAGAGAAAAGACCACAGUGCCAAAAUUUGUGAAGUUGUGUGUGGAGGAAGUAGAAAAACGAGGCCUGGAGGCUGAUGGGAUAUACAGGGUGAGUGGCAAUCUGGCCAUUAUCCAGAAACUACGCUUCCUAGUGGACCAAGAGGAGGAGCUUGACUUGGGCGACAGCCAAUGGGAGGACAUCCAUGUCAUCACCGGAGCGCUAAAGAUGUUUUUCCGUGAACUGCCAGAGCCCCUGUUUCCCUUUCGCUUUUUCGACUUGUUUGUGGAAGCCAUUAAAAUUAGGGAGCCCACACAGAAGAUUCAGGCCUUCAAGAAACUGAUCCAUCAACUCCCCAAACCCAACCACAACACCAUGAAACUACUCUUCCAGCACCUGAGGAGAGUCUUGAUGAACUCAAAGAAAAACUUAAUGUCGACUCAGGGCAUCAGCAUUGUGUUUGGACCGACUCUCAUGUGGCCCGAGCUUGAAUCCGGAAACAUGGAGGUCAAUAUGGUGUUUCAGAAUCAAAUAGUGGAAUCCAUUCUCAUUGAAUGUGUGGAGAUCUUUGGACCGGAGGCCAUGUGAAGUCACCCCAGAGGAUUCUGGAAAAAGACACUGAAGAAAAAAAAAAAGGAAACAAAUGAUGUGUGUGUGUGUGUGUGUGUGUGUGUGAAUGUGUGUUCCCUGCUUCUGAUUUUUUUUUUUUUUCAUAUUUGCUCCUUGAAAAAAAAAGGUUUGGAUAAAACAAGUCGCAUUUAUAAUUUAAUACAUAUAAUUAUAUUUUUGUAUAAUGCAAAUAUCGCAUUGUAUCAUACCUCAAAACAUCAAUGGCAAAAUUAAAAAGCUGUAUAUUUGUACUGAUAUACAUGUACAUGGUCGUUUGUGACAGGGAAAUUAACCCAAUUUUGGAAAUGGGUUUUGUACACUGAUAUUAUCUAAUGGAUAAUUUUAGUUUGAAAUAAAUUGGAUGUAAGCG